GGUGAUCGGAGGAUCAAGCGGCGCGUGAUCGGGCGGAGGAGAGAUGCGUUGCCUGGUAACAGGAUCAGGACUGAGGAGGAAAACAGGCCAACCGACUCUCUGAAGGAACAUCUUCAGCUUCAGCGGUGUGGCCUGUGGUUUAGGAUGUGCCUGUAGUCAACGCUGAGGGUGAAGCAGCCGUCAUGCCGUGUUCGUUCGCAGAGUGGAGGAGGUGGAUCCGCCCGCUGGUUCUGGUUCUCUACGCUCUCCUGCUGGUGGCCGUGCUGCCGCUCUGCAUCUGGGAGCUGCGGAAAGACAAGGUCGGGACUCACAGUAAAGCCUGGUUCAUAGCAGGCGUGUUUGUCUUUCUGACCAUCCCCAUCUCACUGUGGGGGAUUCUGCAGCACAUAGUGCACUACACACAGCCUGAGCUGCAGAGGCCGAUUAUCAGAAUACUAUGGAUGGUGCCCAUCUACAGUUUGGACAGUUGGCUGGCUCUGCGGUAUCCCAGUCUCGCCAUCUACGUGGACACGUGCAGGGAGUGCUAUGAGGCCUACGUCAUCUACAACUUCCUGGUGUUCCUGUUGAACUUCCUCAGUAACCAGUACCCCAGCCUGGUGCUCAUGCUGGAGGUGCAGCAGCAGCAGCCCCACCUGCCUCCACUCUGCUGCUGCCCACCUUGGCCCAUGGGAGAGGUGCUGCUCUUCAGGUGUAAGCUGGGAGUCCUCCAGUACACUGUGGUCAGACCCGUAACCACGGUGAUAGCACUGAUCUGUCAACUGUGUGGGGUUUAUGAUGAAGCCAACUUCAGCUUCAGAAACGCCUGGUCCUACCUGGUCAUAAUCAACAACAUUUCACAGCUGUUCGCCAUGUACUGCCUGGUGCUGCUGUAUCGGGCUCUCAAAGAGGAGCUGACUCCCAUCAGGCCUGUGGGCAAGUUCCUCUGCGUCAAACUGGUGGUGUUUGUCUCCUUCUGGCAGGCAGUUUUAAUCGCGUUCCUGGUGAAGGUCGGUGUGAUCUCUGACAAACACACCUGGGACUGGGACAGCGUGGAGGCCGUGGCUACUGGACUGCAGGACUUCAUCAUCUGCAUAGAGAUGUUCCUGGCUGCCAUCGCUCACCACUACACCUUCACCUACAAACCAUACGUACAGGAGGCAGAGGAGGGAUCGUGUUUCGACAGCUUUCUGGCCAUGUGGGAUUUCUCUGACAUCAGAGCUGAUGUCACAGAGCAGGUGCGCCAUGCAGGUCGUACAUUCUUGGGUCGACCCAACAAGAUGUACUUUGGUACGGUAGCGCGACCGGAACACACCGAGCACACGGGCCUCCUCACAGCAACCUCCCAGGACGCUGUCGCCGUGGCAGCCACAUCGAUGCCCUCCUCCCCCUCCUCGAGUGGGCGGUACCAAGGCCUCGGCCACACCCCUGCCCCACACUCCAUCUCCGCCCCCGCAGGGUUCACUUCCUCUUCCUGGGAGGACGACAGCGACAACUCGCCUCCUGAGGCGGGGGACACCCAAUAA